AUGGUCAGAUUUAAGACAUUAUUGGGCUUCUGCUUAGACUUUUUAAAGAUGUGUUUUAUUUUAUACAGAAUUAUGAUCAUAAAGGCUUUGAACCUGAACACAAUAUUAUGGCUUGGAGGCGGUCUUAUGUGUGUAUUCGUCGUAUGCAUACCACUGGUAUUGAUGGAGGUGGCUUUUAAUGAUUUGGAUGAAAUUAAAAUUAUUUUGGUGGAUGAGCUGUUAACUUAUAAAGAGUUGUGGCUAUUGAAACCCACGGGUAAAUCAAAACAUCCUUUUUCAGAAGAAAAGUAA